UAGUGACCAUAUGUAAGUUCUGAUAAGUGUGGCCGCAUACACCCUCACAUUUCGACACAUUAUUUAACAUCCAAUAAAUUAUAAGUUAAAAUUUAAAAAUGAACAGCAUUGGCGAGGACUGCAAUGAGCUGAAAAAGCAGUACGACGCUUGCUUCAACAGCUGGUUCUCGGAGAGGUUUCUUAAGGGCCACACAGACGAAUCUGCAUGCGCGCCGAUUUUCCGGGUCUAUCAGGAUUGUGUGAAGCGCGCCAUGCGGGAGCAGAAGAUAGAGUUGCGAGAAAUCGACACGGAGUACACUACGAAUUCAGAGUACGAGAAAACCGGCAGCUCCUCCGGGAAACAGCAGAGCAAGAGUUGACCAAUGACACCAGCUGAACAGCCUGGCUACGGAUUUGAUUCUGUAAGCAGCCUGGAAGGCCAAAGCCUUGGCCAUCAACGCCAACGCAAGCGCAGGGGGUCGGCCUAGUUUUCGGCGAGGUGCAAGGGGCAAGCGUACCAGAAGAAGCUCCUCCUCAAAAUCUUCAAGUCCUACAAUAGCCCAAAUACUGAUUAAAUUAUUUAGCAAAUAUUAGUUAAACAUUAGGCUCAAAAGUAUAGUCAACUACAGUUGUUAAUUUAUGCAUGAAUUAAAGUGUUGUACAUAAAAUAACUUGCCAGCACGUCGCAAUACACCUUUCA